AACAAAAGAACGAGUGAUUUCAGUGAAUAAAAGGUGAAGUGAAACAAAUCAAGAAGUGACUAUUCUGUGGCGAAAUCAACUUUCGUACACAAGUGGUGCCGUGACCAGGAUACAGACCAGGAAAAGUGACAUUUAGUGAACACAACGCAAUGUAUGUAUUAAACUAGAGAUUUAUAAACAAUGAGCGACGAUCAACCAACUGCAGAAGUCGAAGUUACUGCCGAGGAAAAAGAACAAGAACGUAAGAUUCAUAAAGAAAUAGAAAAACUUGAAUUUUUCAUUGAUGAUGCAGAAGAAAGUCGUCAAAACAACGACUAUGAAGAGUUMAAAACCUUAUUACAGAAAUGUAACUCUAUACAUGACGCUAUCAACGAGCUACUUACGAAMUUACAAGAACUAAAACUCGAGCAAGGAAAAUUAACUUCGAGAGCAAUCAGGCAAUGGAARAAGGAACUAAAAGAAACCUAUGCUCCUUUGAUCGAUCGAAAAGCCGAAUUGSAAGGAAYAUUAAACCAAAGAGAAAAGCAAGAGAGCAAUGCCGCAACAGAGGAAUGUUUACAAAUCAAACACAAGAGAGAAGAGRAAUUCAGGCAAAAAAUGCACGAGAAAGAAAAGGAAUUACUGAACGAACGGAUCAAGGCAGAGAUCAAGCUAACCGAGAAGAAAAUGGAGAUCGAGCGAGCCGAGAAACAGCGACACACAAAGCUCCCGGAGUUAAAGAUCACGCCAUUCAAAGGGACGCCAAGCGAUUGGAUCAGGUUUGAGAAUAUGUUUAUUUCRCAAAUUGACAAUUCUACAAUAUCUGACGAAGAGAAGUUUGGGUAUCUUCUUGAACUAGUGGGACCUAAGGUAAGAGAUAGAUUUGCUAAUCUUAAACCCGGGCCCGCUGGAUACAAAACAGCAUGGGAUCGUUUACAAAGCGAGUACGGUCAUACGAAGUUAGUAAGUGCAGCCCAUAUGGAUGAAUUAAUUCACUUAACCCCCGUUCGCGGAACUAGCUACGAGAAAGUACGCGAAUUCUACGAAAAACUAACAAGAAACUAUGACGCUUUGAAAUCGCUUGGGGAGGGURACACACUUAAAGCCCUUGUCAUAUCUACUAUCAAUAAACUGCCACAGGUCAAACCAGACCUAGUGCGUACUGAUGACGAAUGGGAGGAUUGGGACAUGGCAGCCCUUUUAGAGUCAAUUAACAAAUGGCUCAAAAGAAACAGGGUAGAAGAUAGCCCGAGGGAGGAAACUAAGAAAAAAGAAAAACAUUUCUUUAGUAACAGCAAGGGGGAACAAGCCACACCACCCAGGGAGAAAGGGCCACACUGCCUAUAUUGUCAAGGGAGCCACUGGGGGGAUUCUUGUCCUACGUACAACACAGUAGAAAGUCGGAAACGAUUUAUAGCCGAUAAUAAAUUGUGCUUUAAUUGUGCUCGCGGGGGGCAUCAGGCCAACCAGUGCCGUAGUAGGGGUUGCUUCAAGUGCAAAGGCAAACAUCAUACGAGUAUCUGCAUGAAGUCACAAUCAAACGGCGUGCUUAAUGGGUACACCCCUGCCACCGACGAAAAAAGCCUGCCCGCGAUAAUUCCUGUCCAAAUUGAAAAUUCAACGUUGUGGGCCUUUCUGGACACGGGAUCAGGAAGAAACUKUAUCUCGAAAGACGCMAUUAAAAGGCUCAACCUAAAGCCAGUAAARCACGAGAGAAAAGRUAUAAYAACCGUCAACGGAAUGGCAAAACAAUCGAUGCCUAUUUUCGAAGMGGAAAUUAAGUCCAUCGAUAAUCGUGAAAGUGAGAAAAUCUAUCUAUCCGGAAGUAAAAUGCCUGAUUUUACCACAAUAAAGCGACCAGCUAUCAAAGAGCUYAAGCAGAAAUACCCACACGCACGCGGGAAAACGUUUUAUUAUGUUGAAUCUGAUGAAUAUCAAAUCGACAUCAUCCUCAGCGACAGUUUCUAUUGCAAAAUAAGAACUGAACAAGUGUACAAAGGGAAACCGCAAGAUCCCAUAGUAGAGGGAACGGCCUUUGGGUGGGUCAUCCAUGGGGGAUCAGAAUAUGCCGAUUCGAACUGCAUGUACACCAAGGAAAUUAACGAACACUGUGAAAGACUAUGUGCCCUAGACGUGUUAGGAGUAGAAGAUAGAGCAGAGAACGAUAGCCUACAAGUUAACGAAGAUUUCAGAGAGAACAUAGUGAGACAAGACGACGGACGUUAUGAAGUUAGCGUACCAUGGAUCCCUGGUAGUACAUUAGUAGACAGCAACGAGCAAGCAAGCAGACGACGCCUUGCUAACACACAGAGAAAGCUGAAACAAAACACAACAGUCGAAGCUGAAUAUAGAAAGAUAGUGAACGAUCAGUUAGCAGCAGGUGUAAUUGAGAGAGCCCCCGCAAUACCCGAUGGUGAUAGAGUGUUCUAUAUGCCGCAUAAACCAGUGGUAAGAGAAAACGCAGCAACGACUAAAGUGCGUAUGGUAUUCGACGCGAGCGCUAAACCACGUUAUCAAGCCAACAGUAUAAAUGACUGCAUGUACACUGGCCCUCCGUUACAACCGCUUUUGUGGGAUGUUAUGGUCCGGGCCCGAAUGUCUACRCACCUACUGCUAGGGGAUAUCGAAAAGGCCUUUCUACAGAUCGGUAUAAAGAAGGAAGACAGAGAUGCCUUCAGAUUUCUGUUUGAUGUGAACAACAAAGAGGAACACCUGCGCUUUACUAGAGUCCCAUUUGGCGCUGAAGCAAGCCCAUUCAUGCUUGGAGCCACCUUACAGUAUCACUACGACCAACAACCGUCCAUCUUCCAAGACACGGUAGCGACAUUGAGAGAGAACACCUACGUAGACAACUUGAUGAAAGGCGGAUGCGACGAAGAAGAACUUGAAAGAUUCAAGCGUGAAGCUACAGAGAUUCUAGAGAGUGCGAAGUUCCCAGUACACAAAUGGGAAUCCGACAUARCGACGCUAGAAGACAAAGACGUAUCAAACCCAACCAAGUUUCUUGGCCAUGUAUGGAAUAAAAGGGAAGAUACCCUGGAAGUCCUUGUCAACAAGCCAGAAUCUAACAAACCGCUGACAAAGAUUACCGCGUUGAAGCAGUUGGGAAGCAUCUACGACCCGCUGGGUAUUAUAUCGCCUGUAACCGUAGARGGCAAGCGCAUUUACAGAGAGGUUUGCGAAGAAACUAAAGGCUGGGACAGCGAAGCCUCACCUCAGUUACAGAAGCAGUGGCUCAAGUGGACUAGUCAACUAAGGAGCGUAAAGAUCCCUAGAGCCGUAUCAAGAGAAGUCAAGAGAGUGAAGGCUGUUCACCUUCACGUAUUUGCCGAUGCAAGCAAAGUAGCCUGUUCAGUGGUAACCAUUGCAGUAAUCGAACAUGAAACGGGUACAGUAAAAGGUCUACUGACAUCCAAGUCAAGGAUAUCCAAACGAAACGCAACCAUCCCAAGACUCGAGUUAGUGAGCGGUCACAUGGCAGCCAACAUGGUAAAGAAUCUUUGUCAGGCCCUACAACACUGGCCCAUACAGUCAAUCACAGUGUGGAUGGACAGCAUGGUAGCAUUGUACUGGAUAUGCAACCCCGGCAAACAGUGGAAAGUGUUCGUGGCAAAUCGAGUCAACAAWAUUGCGGAAAUCACAGCGCAAACAGGCAUACAAUGGAAGUACUGUCCAACAGAGAAGAACCUGGCAGACCUUGGCAGUCGAGGAGCCGUAAUCGAGAAGUUGGAGGAUGCAGAAUGGUUUACUGGACCUGAGUGGCUUCUUCACGAAGAAGAGUGGCCAGAACAACCAAAGCUGGUGACUUCGAAAGGCGUCAGUGAAGAAUGCAACCCAGCUAAACUGAAUGCCCUCCUUGCUGCUGAACGCGAUCCAGAUGAGUGGGACGUGGUAAUAGAAAAGCAUCCGUACUGGAAAGCCAUGAGAAUAACAGCGUGGGCUUUGAGGUUCGUGAACAACUGCCGAACAAAGACGCYGCGUGGAAAAGAAAUCUUGCCACUCACGGUAGAAGAGAUUAGCAACACAGAGGAAGUCUGGAUAAAGAGAGUGCAAAGAGAAGUUGAAACGGAUCUCGAGAGUCCAGGCUGGACGAUUGUGAAGGAUGACAAAGGCGCGCUAAGAUGUAAAGGGAGAAUCCAAGGCUACCAGCCGAUCUAUCUGGAGAAAGGAACGUUCACAGAUAAGUUGAUACACCACAUACAUACAGAAAUCGCUCACCUGGGAGUCCCUAACACGAUGGCAGCGACCAGAGAGAAGUAUUGGAUCCCAAAGUUACGAUCCAAGGUGAAGAAAGUGAUCAACGAGUGUARGAAGUGCAAGAUUUUCAGCACAAAGCCCUAUGGAACAACAGCAACAGCUGCACUACCUACGUUUCGCACUGAGUGCAGUCGACCGUUUCAGACAACAGGUGUGGAUUUUGCAGGACCACUUGAGUACAAGAUAUCAAAGGAUGAGAAAGGCAAGUGCUACAUCCUCAUAUUCACUUGCGCAACUUCAAGAGCAAUUCACCUUGAAGUCACGAAGUCGCAGACAGCCGAAGAAUUGCAGCAAAAGUUGACAGCAUUCAUYACUCGAAGGACAAGACCAGAGCUUAUCAUAUCUGAUAAUGCGCAAACAUUUAAAACUACAGCAGAAUGGAUCCAACAGAUCCGUAAGAGCGAAGUUCUACAAGACUUCCUAGCUAAACAGAACAUCCGCUGGCAGUUCAAUCUAGCCAAAUCGCCGUGGUGGGGAGGUAUGUACGAGCGCCUCAUCAAAGACGUCAAGAAGACACUCUACAAGACUAUGGGAAGAGCGAACCUUACAUUGGAGCACCUUGAAGCUGUAGUGAUGGACAUUGAGAGACAUCUCAACAACAGACCUCUGACGUACAUGGAGAGCGAAGCAGGUGAAGAGCAAGUACUAACCCCAAACGUUAUUAUGUGGGGUCAAGAAUCACACACCAUCGAGGACAACGARCAAGAUUUGGAUGAAGUCAGUAAGAUUCACUUACGACUUAAAGAGAAGAAAGAGCAUGCUUGGAGACGAUGGAAAACAGAGUACAUCCACAGUCUGAUGGAGAGUCACCGCAYCAACAAGGGAACAGACAGACAUCCAGAKGUAGGCGAGAUUGUGCUUCUAGUCGGCGACGAUAAAAAUCGUGGACAGUGGAAGAAGGGGAAGGUUACAAAGCUGAUCAKAGGAAGGGACGGAGUCAUCAGGGGAGUAAAGCUACUUCACAAGGGACAUCACCUCGAGAGACCGUUAUCUCUUGUUUGUCCGCUAGAGAUCAAAGCAGCAACUCGGACAGUAGUGAACGACGUAGUACCACCACAGCAACCCGUGCAACGCAAGAGCKCCAGACAAGCAGCGCAGAAUGCGACGCAAGUCAUUAGGACUGUGCUUGAAGAUGAAGAGCUGGACAUUUAGACACCACGCAAGUGAUGACUAKUAGAACUGUACAAUCAUGGACUUGAUUAGUUAUGAUAGUGAUAAGGAACAUUCAAGGAUCGUGAACAUUUCAAGAAGUAUAUAUGCAUAUCAAUGUUAGUGUUCAAUGAAGAUUUAUUGUGAUUAUUCAAACAAACUGAACAUAUUAAGACACACUGAUUUCAAAGACAAUGAUGAUUAUUUAGUAAAUGAACUUUCGUAGAUUUAUAAUCAGUAGUUGUAAAAUUCAAAAAUAAGUUCUGAAUUUUAGGGGAGUGUGACCGGAAGCAAAUUUGUAUUAAUUUAGAGCGGAAGUGAAUUGUGAGCGGAAGUGUGUACACCGUGUAAUGUGAUAGGGGGUGUGUGGGUGAGUGAGACACG